AUGCCAGCUAAUCUGAACGGAUAUUGGAAGAUGAUGUCCAGUGAUAACUUCGAGGAGUACUUGAAGGCUCUUGAUGUAAAUAUUGCCAUCAGAAAAAUCGCCACCUUGUUGAAGCCCGACAAGGACAUCGUCCACGAUGGGGAUCACAUCAUCAUCAAGACCCUCAGCACCUUCAAAAACUACAACAUGGACUUCCAUGUGGGCAAAGAGUUUGAGGAGGAUCUUUCUGGAGUGGAUGACAGGAAAUGUGUGACCACCAUCACCUGGGAGGGAGACAAGCUGGUGUGUGUGCAGAAGGGAGAGAUUGAAGGAAGAGGCUGGACCCACUGGGUGGACGGAGAUGAGCUUCAUCUGGAGCUGAGAGCUGCAGGAGUUGUUUGCAAGCAGAUCUUCAAAAAGACCUAAGCUGCCUUUUAUUGAACGAGGCGGUGUCCCCUGCUGACAUCGGCUUACCGAGAGA